AGGAGGGACAGAGGAAUGGGAAAGGCUGCACAAAGGAAUUCCUCACACCAAGCCCCCUGGCCGCCAGCUCCAGCGAGGAAAGAACCGACCUCCUUUCCCGCUCACUCGCACCUAUCUUCCGCUGGGCUCCGGCCAUAGAGCUGCUUCAGGCCUUCCGAGAGGACCCACACUUCUUCCUGUAGGUGGCAACAGUGACACCUGUUUGAUCAGUGAGGCUGAGCCAGGGACUGCCAGAGGGAGGAGGCAGACUACUCGGAGAGGAGCUGGGAAGCAGAGCUGCGCACUCCCUGAGUACAAGGUCUUCACCAUGACUGAGUCACCGGGCUGCUGCUCCAUCUGGGCCCGCUGCCUCCAGUGCCUGUAUAGCUGCCGCUGGAGGAAAUAUCCUAAACAGAGGAGGCAAACCAGCAAGUGUGACUGCGUCUGGUUUGGCCUGCUCUUCCUCACCUUCCUCCUGUCCCUGGGCUGGCUGUACAUCGGGCUCAUCCUUCUCAAUGAUCUACACAACUUCAACGAAUUCCUGUUCCGCCACUGGGGUCACUGGAUGGACUGGUCCCUGGUACUCCUGCUGGUCACCUCUCUACUGGUCACAUAUGCAUCCUUGCUACUGCUCCUGGGCCUGCUCCUGCAGCUCUGUGGACAUCCUCUGCGUCUUCACAGUCUCCACAAGGUGCUGCUGCUCCUCAUUAUGCUUCUGGUGGCCGCUGGCCUGGUGGGACUGGAUAUCCAAUGGCGGCAGGAGUGGUAUAGUUUACGACUGUCACUGCAGGCGACAGCCCCAUUCCUUCACAUCGGAGCAGUUGCUGGAAUCACCUUCCUGGCCUGGCCUGUGGCUGAUACCUUCUACCGUAUCCACCCAAGAGGCCCCAAGGUUCUACUACUGUUCCUAUUUUUUGGAGUCGCUCUGGUCAUCUACUUGGCCCCCAUAUUCAUCUCCUCCCCCUGCAUCAUGAAACUCAGAGACUUACCCCCCAAGCCUGGGCUGGUGGGACACCGAGGGGCCCCCAUGCUGGCCCCGGAGAAUACCCUGAUGUCCCUGCGGAAGACAGCUGAAUGUGGAGCUGCUGUGUUUGAGACAGAUGUGAUGGUCAGCUCUGACGGAGUCCCCUUUCUCAUGCAUGAUGAGCGGCUGAGCAGGACUACCGAUGUAGCCUCUGUGUUUCCAGAGCGAAUGUCAGCUCACAGCAGUGACUUUUCCUGGGCUGAACUGCAGAGACUCAAUGCUGGAGCCUGGUUCCUAGAGAGACAACCGUUCUGGGGGGCCAAAGAGCUGUCAGGCUCUGACCGGCAGGAGGCUGAGAAUCAGACAGUACCAGCACUAGAGGAACUACUGAAAGAAGCCGCAGCCCUCAACCUCUCCAUCAUGUUUGACUUGCGCCGACCCCCAAGAAACCACACAUACUAUGAGACUUUUGUGAAUCAGACGCUGGAGGCUGUGUUGAAUGCAGGCGUGCCCCAAGCCAUGGUUCUUUGGCUGCCGGAUGAAGAUCGUGCUUAUGUGCAGCAACGGGCUCCCAGAAUGCGCCAGAUAUAUGGCCAUCAGGGUGGCAACAGGACAGAGAGGCUCCAGUUUCUCAACCUACCCUAUCAAGACCUUCCAGUGUUGGAUAUCAAGGCACUGCACCACAACAAUGUCUCUGUGAACCUAUUCGUAGUGAACAAGCCCUGGCUCUUUUCCUUGCUCUGGUGUGCAGGGGUAGAUUCAGUCACCACCAACGACUGCCAGCUGCUGCAGCACAUGCGUUACCCCCUCUGGCUUCUUCACCCUCAAACUUACUUAAUGAUAUGGGUCAUCACCAACUGUGCCUCCAUUCUACUGCUUUCGUGUAUCUUCCUCCUCCGAGGGUGAGUGGUUUUGCCGUGGUCAUCCCCUGGGUCGUUACUUUCCCAAGGCCCCAGGUAAUAAGGCCGAUUCUGACUCACAUAUGCUGCCUGGGAUUGGGAUUUGGUCCAGUCCGAUUGAUUUUUAAGCUUUCCUUAUUCCAAUAAAUUGUCUUGACUCUGGGGAAAGCAGUUUGGAGACUCCCUGGGUUGUAAGGUCUUGCUGCCAGUUGGUGGAACUCACAAUAGAAAGACUUUCUCUCCAUAGGAGAUGUGCUAAGAGAAACAGAGCUGGUAAGAAUGUCCCUUCCCUUCUCAUUUUCUCCUCCUAAUUCCCCCUUGCUUCACUCCCUGCAUGACGCACCUCUUCUCCACUUCCCUAGGCUUAGAAACAGUGCUGCUAACCAAGAUCAACAACGUCAUGGCGGAGUGAAUACCGAACUCAUGCCCUCAUCAUCUGCAGUCUAAUGCCCGUGUGCACUGGCCAAGGGGAAGGAAAGGAGCUGAAGUGGAAUGUCCCCGAAGAAAAUGUUUGCAGGAGGGGAGCAUGGCUUUUGAACUAAGAGGGCCCUCUGUCCAGAUGGUGGGCAUGUCUCAAGCUGCCAUGGAAUUUGCUGCCUUUGAUAUUUUGACAAAAAUUAGUUGGAAAGACAGUGAGUGACAAGAAGUUACUUCCAAAAUGAAAUUAAAACAAGGAAGUGAGAGAGAUUGCCAAGAUAAUGCCGUGGGCCUGUGUGCACAUGUACUUGGGUAGAAGACGCAGGGUGUGUCAGGGUGGGAUAGCUCAGAAUGAUGACUGAAGGAAAUUUGGCAAAAUGGCCUUUCCUGGAGUACUUUAAGAUGAUGAAGACAGUCCCCACUCUAUGCCCUUUCUCUCCUCACCCUCUCAAUUUAGCUUCUUUCCUGCCUACAGGUUGGGAGCUAAAAAGCUCAUUUAGCAACGCAAUUCUGUGCCUACGGUGGCUUUUUGUUGUGAGCAAUGAAUGGUUCCUGUAUCUUGCCUGUUAAUCUGGUAUUCAAUGAAUUUUUAAUUGUCA